UGCUUGGGGGGGAACACACCACCUCUCUUGCGUCCCCCCCCAGCAUCAUGUCCCCAAACGCACACCUACCCCAAGAUGAUGGCGAGUGGGAGGUUGGUGGCAGGAGGGGACGUUCGAGGUGACGGGGGUGUGGGAGGACACGGCUGAGGGAAUGCUGCCCACCCCCCCCGCAGCUGUCUGUCCCCUCGGGGACGCGUCUGUCCCCAGUCAGCCUGGCCCUGGCAUCCAGGGUGAUUCCGGCUCUGUGUCACUGAGCUGUGGCACCGGCAGCUGAGGAUUUUGGGGACCACGCUCUGGGGGUGCUGGGGGUCACACAGCAUCGCUGGGCAGUGAGCUGCCGAUCGUCUGGGACUCUUUUCCUUGUGUCAUCCCAUCAGUGCCACCCAUCACCACGGCCGGCCAGUGGUGGGGACACCAAAGGGGACCAGGCUGAGGACAGGAGCCCCCGGCUGCCCUCAGCACUGGGUGCGGAUUAGCGAAAGCUCUUGCGGCCGUUGCGCCCGGUGCUGGGCAGAGGGGGGGCGGACAGGGCUGCCUUCCUCUGCCUGCAUCUUCAUCUUCCUCGCCUGCGCCGCGGUGGAGGCAGGGUCUGGGAUGGUGCUGAGCACUAGAUGAGCGGUGAAGCAUCAUGGCCAGCGACACGAGGAUGGUGGAGACGCCGCUGCGAUGGCGGAGAGCCCAGGAUGUGGCGCAGGAUGCCGGCGGGAUGGAGAGCGGUGGGAUGAUUCUGCCCCAAAGCGCUGCUGCUGAACUGGGACUCUCAGGCUACAUGGAGCCCAGCAAGCUGAGCUACGGAACAGAGAAAGGGUGUCCCUGGAGGGGCUCCCAGGGCUGCCUGGGGACAAGCCGGGAGCUGGCCGGUGGCCGGCUGGGCUGUCCCUACCCGGUGGCCUCCCCGUGUCUGCGGGACACCCUGUGCCGCCCCAAGGAUGGAGCUGAGUUCCUGCCCAGGAACGGGCAGCCCAAGGCGGGCUGGGCUGAGCCCUGCAAGGAGCACCCCAAACCGCACUGGGCCGAGGCCAUGCUGGCCCCCCUGGCCCUCUACAGCCACCACCGCUACCCCCUGCCCUUCCCGGGGCUGGACGGCCAGCGCCCCAAGCCCCACGUCGCUGCAGGGGACAGAGACGGUGACCCCCCGACUUUCCGCCACUGCCCUUUCCUCCUGGACGCCAAGCACAGCCCCUUCCUCCUGUCCUCGCUGCUGCCCGCUGGACCCCCAGGGGACCCUCAGUUUGGCAGUGGGGGACCAGAGGGAGCAGGGGCGAUGGGUGACGGGCGCUUCGCCGGGGUGGACUGGCACCUGGGCUCCUAUGUGCCCACCUGGGGCCACCCCGUCUACCUGGGGCUCCCGUCGAGGUGCAAGAUGGCUCCGACUACCUUCAAUGAGUGCUCCAGCUCAGGGGACAAGGAGUUUUACCCGAAGAAAGAGCCUGGCUUCCCCUCCCCAUCCGAGGACCAAGCACCAUCGCAGCUGCUGGGCAAGGGCCAGGAUGGAGCUGGGGAGCGGGAGCCAGAGCUGACGGGAGCCCCAUGGAGGGAUGGCCGAGUGGGGGGCAGCUCGGCGGCGCCCGCCCCCCAUGUCCACACGCCCCCUCCCAGCUCCAGCCACCCUCUUUUCCUCCUGCAGCCCGGCAGGUCGGGGGGCUGCGGGGGCCCCUGGUUGGGCACACAGCCCCCCGGCACUGAUUUCCACCUGGAGCUGGGGCAACGCCGACCCUCCCAGCCCAAAGACGAGUGUCUGGCUUACCAAAACUCCCCCCCGGGAGACCCCGACCCAUCUCCUCCGCUCGUGGAUGGGCACGACCCGCUGUCCCUCGCCAAGUCGGACCCCCCCCAACUUGUCUCUGCACCACAUCGGUGCAAUGGGUGCCCAGGGGUGGGCUGCAGGGUGCUCAACCUAUUCGAGCCCCCCCUGGGCAUCCCCGGGGGCCGUUUUCCAUGCCCCUCCAGCAACCACACCAAGCUGAAGAAGACGUGGCUGACGCGGCACUCAGAGCAGUCGCUGCCGCGCUGCAAGGGCCCCCACCAGGACAGUGGCCCCGAGCCGGCCGGGGCGGGCAAGCGCUCGGCCAAGCGCCCUCAUGGCACCGGCGACGGGCCCGGGGUGGCCAAGAGGGGCACAAAGGCCAGCGAGCACGUGGCCACGGCAGGUGAUGAUGUAGAGAGCGGAGGGGACCCAGAGGAGAGGAGGAUGGAGCUGGGAGAGGGAGCCACAUUGGGCCACGCUGGCCGGGAGCCGUGGUGCCUGCAGAGCGUUCCCUGCACUGCACUGCCUGAGAACAUCCCGCGGUGCUGCACCUGCGCCACCCGCACACCCAGGGACCCCCAGGGUGAGGAGGAGGAGGAGGAAGAUCCCCCCGAGCGCACCUGCAGGCUGCUGCACUUCCGCAGGUUCACCCUUGGGGACAGUGGGGACCUGACUGUCGACGGCAUCUGCACCCUGGGGGAGGCAGAGGGGGGGACGCUGCAGCCAGAGGUGGCCGACCCUGACUGCGGGGGCAGCAGCCUCUGCCUGGCCAAAUACCUGCUGAGGGUCCUGGGGGACAACUUCUGCCAGGCUGUAUGCAGGGACAGGGACACGUGGCCGGGAGCCCACGAGGGGGUGAUGGGCUGGAGGCGGGGGGCAGGAGCCCCCCAGCUCUGCGAUGCCUGCCAGCGCGGCUUCUUCAACACCCACUGGAGCUGCGCCAGAUGUGGCUUCCAGCUGUGUCCCGGCUGCCACCGCAGCAGGCGGGAGGCUGACGGCCACGAGGGUCCAGCGCGGCCACCCCAGUGCAUCCCCGGGCAGGAGCACCACGUCGCGUCCCUUGUCCCCACGCAGUUCAUCCCCACCCGUGUCCUGAGCCGGCUCUGGAAGCUGCUGCACGAGGUCAGGGUCAAGUUCAACAUCGAGUCACAUUGUCCGUGCAGGGAGGGGGCUGCUGAGCGGAGCCCGGCAGAGCCCCCGGGGAGCAGCCAGAUGUACGGGGUGUUUCAGGAGCUGCCGGGGGCCGCGGUGCUCACCCUCCCCAACAGCAGCGAUGGCCAAACCGACACCUCCCGUCCCAUCAAGGAAGCAGAGAGCCCUGAGCGGGGGUCACCGCCACCGGGGCAGCCCCCGCCACGGGUGGCUGUGCAGCCUGGCACCCUCUGCGACCUCCUGGCCUCCACCGCCGUCAAGCUGUGCCUGGGGCAGGAUGGGGUGCGCAUGGCUUUCGCCCCCGUCUCGCCCGCCAACGACAACCGCCUGACCAGCAUCUUAGACAGCAUCAUCGCCCGCGUGGUGGAGAGGAAGAUCCAGGAGAGGCAGGAGGGGGGCGAGCUGAGCCCGCCCAGCCCCAAAAGGUCCCCCUGCACCCUGACACCCAGCGGGCUGCUCUGGCUGCAUGACCCCGGCCACGCCAGCAACUACCAACUGUUCCAGGAGCACUGGCGGCGGGGCCAGCCCGUCCUUGUUUCAGGGCUGCAGAAGAGGCUGGAGCGGGGGCUGUGGGGGCCGGAGUCCUUUCGCCCGGUGCGGGGCGAGCAGGCGGUGGCCGUGGUGAACCUGCGGGCACCGGGCAGCCGCCUCCGCGUGAGCAGCCGGGAGUUUUGGGAUGGCUUUGCCACCAGUGCGGCAUCCCUGGAGCUGGAUGGUGGGGACCUGCUGAAGCUGGAGAGUGGCUUUGGGGACAUGGAGCUGUGCCGCGCUGCCAACCUGCGUGCCAGCCUCCCGCUGCCUGAGUACUGCGGGGCCACCGGCCGCCUCAACCUGGCCACCUACCUGCGGGGCCAGCGGGGCUGGCGCUGGCUGCGCCCACGGGUCUGUGCAGCUUAUGGUGUGCAUCCCCGGGACCGAAAUAUUGGGACCAAAAACCUGACGGUGGAGCCGACCGACACCAUCAGCAUCUUGGUGCACGCUGCGGCAGAGCCACCUGAGGCCCUGCUCCGGGAAGGCGAUGCGGACAGUGUGGACGUGCAGCUGCAGGAGCGGCUCUGGGAUGCCGGCAGCCGCCCCGGUGCCCUGUGGCACAUCUUCCGUGCCGAGGAUGCCACCCGCAUCCGCGAUUUCUUGCAGAAGGACCAAGGGCAGGAGGGGGCAGGCACGCUGGAGCCCCCCAGCCGCUACCUGGACCUUUCGCUGCGGAGGCGGCUGCAAGAGGAGUGCGGGGUGAGCGGCUGGACCCUCCUGCAGUUCGUGGGGGACGCGGUGCUGGUCCCCGCCGGGGCUCCCCACCAGGUGCAAACCCUCACCAGCACCAUCAGCGUGGAGCAGCGGUUCCUCUCACCAGAGAGCGCCAUCCGCCUCCGGGACCACAGCAUCCAUCCCUUUGGGGCCGCACACCAGCUCCAUGCCCAGCUGGAUGGCAUGAUCUUCUGCGCUGUGCAGGAGGCGGUGGGAGUCCUGCGGGGCUGCAAGUGAGACACACGGGGAGGAUGCUCAAUCCAAGCUUGGCCAUGGCCAAGUUCACAGCCAAGACACCACAGGGAGCUGGGGCUGGGUGCCUCUUGCUUGGUGCUUUUCUCCUUGCCGCGGAAUAAAGUGUCUGCAGCGAGCCAGGGCCACCGACAGCACCAG